UAGCAGGAAUACUGACUUCAUUAAAUAUCUAGAAAAAAUGUCAAAAAUGGGACCUAUUACUAGUGAAGACACGUCAAAUAAUAGCCACGACCAACAAAAUACAUGGCUGCAUCCUAAUACUGCAGCAUUUGAUUUCCGUGGUAUAAUUGGAACAAUCCCUUUCCUUUUCUAUAAAUGCUAAGACGCAAUUGACGAGCUUUUAGGGGAUGUUAGAACAAGACCGACCGCAGAAAUGCUGCAGGCACUGUCCCGUGCCAGCCUCGAGGAUGACGUCUCAGGCACUGAUACAACUACAAACGAACUUCAAACAUUCAUAGCCCAGCUAACUGGCAAGCCCGCUGGCCUAUUUGUUUUAUCUGGAACCAUGGGCAACAUUGUCUCUCUUCGCAGUCUUCUCUCUCAGCCACCGUAUGCGGUCCUCUGCGACUCCCGCGCCCAUAUUCUGAACAGUGAAUCGGGAGGAGCAUUUGUGUUUACCGGAGCUAUCCCUCAAGCAGUGCAGGCCACAAAUGGGAAAUAUCUUACCUUGGAAGACAUUAUACCACACAUCAAAAUUGACGAUGGUAAACAGAUACACUCGGCUGCUACGCGAGUAAUAUCUCUCGAGAAUACACUGAAUGGCAUGGUAAUGCCGUUGCAAGAAACCCGGCGAAUCUGUGAGUACGCGCAUAAACAUAGUAUAUUAGUUCAUUUGGAUGGGGCCCGGCUCUGGGAAGCGGUUACAUCGGGAGAAGCAGGGGGUUUGUUGUCCGAGUAUGGAGCGUUGUUUGAUACCAUCACGCUGUGCUUCGCCAAGGGUUUGGGAGCAUCCGCCGGCGCUGUCAUUGUUGGAAAUGAAGAUGUCAUCCGUCGUGCACGCUGGAUUAAGCAGAGUAUUGGAGGGGGUAUACGGCAACCCGGCCCCUUAUGUGGUGCAGCGCGUGUGGCUGUGGAAAGGACAUUCUGCGGGGGUCUCCUUAGGAGAACGCAUGAAGUCGCGAGAGAUAUUGCCACAUUCUGGCAAGAGAGUGGCGGGAAGCUGAGAUAUCCGACGGAGACGAAUAUGAUUUGGCUGGACUUUGAAGGGUUGUCAUUUUCUUUACAGGACCUUGUUGACGAGGCAGCUAAGAGGGGAGUUUUGGUUUCAAGGCCCAGGCUGGUUGUGCAUUAUCGUGAGUUUUUCUUUCUGUUAACAGUCCAUUUAAGUUGAGGAGAUGUUUUGCUGAUCAAAUGCAGAGAUAUGUGACGAGGCAGUUGAGCAUCUGAAGGAAGUGUUGAAAGCGUUAUUCAAGAACCAACGCCAGGGGGAAAGAUUGACUAGCGGUAUUUUUUUCUUUUGAUUGUUGUGUUGUAGAUAGGCAUUCCAAUGUGAUAGACCGUCUUUAAAACAUUAAAAACAAGUAGUCGUGAUGGAGAAGCCAAGCAUAGUGUUUAUUGAUGUUUUUAGUGUUUG